AUGCCCUCCGACUCCGAAGUCAUAAUCAGCGACGACUUCGGCGAUUCCCAGUCUCCCACCACCACGCCAGUCUACACUCAGGUCCGCCACAAAGUCCACAAACCUCACUCGCACGUGACGGCGGCUCGCGAGUUCGUCAAGCGCCAAAAGUUGUGCCAGAGAACGCCGAUGGCCGUGUUCAAGGUCAGCGUGCUCGGCCUGACCUUGUUGUUGAUUAUCAUCAUGUGCGUCAUUUAUCAGACAUGGCUGAAUACGGUAAGGUUUGGGUACGGUGGGGUAUAAGAAAAAGGUAUAGUAGGUUAGCUUGGAUUAAGGAAGAGAUAAGUAAGAUAAAAUAAGUAAAGGUAGGGUACGCUAGGGUAGGGUAAGGUACUAUAGGCUAUGGUAGAGUAAAGGGUAGGGUAGGUUAGGGUAGGGUAAUGUAGGGUAGGGUAGGGUAGGGUAGGGUAAAGUAGGGUAGGGUAGGGUAAAGUAGGGUAGGGAAUUGUAGGGUAGGGUAGGGUAGGGUAAGGUAGGGUAGGGUAAAGUAGGGUAGGGUAGGGUAAAGUAGGGUAGGGUAGGGUAAAGUAGGGUAGGGUAGGGUAAAGUAGGGUAGGGUAGGGUAGGGUAGGGUAGGGUAGGGUAGGGUAGGGUAGGGUAGGGUAGGGUGGGGUAGGGUAGGGUAAGGUAGGGUAGGGUAGGGUAGGGUAAUGUAGGGUAGGGUAGGGUAGGGUAAAGUAGGGUAGGGUAGGGUAAAGUAGGGUAGGGAAUUGUAGGGUAGGGUAGGGUAGGGUAGGGUAGGGUAGGGUAAAGUAGGGUAGGGUAGGGUAAAGUAGGGUAGGGUAGGGUAAAGUAGGGUAGGGUAGGGUAAAGUAGGGUAGGGUAGGGUAGGGUAGGGUAGGGUAGGGUAGGGUAGGGUAGGGUAGGGUAGGGUGGGGUAGGGUAGGGUAAGGUAGGGUAGGGUAGGGUAAGAUCAGAGAGAGCCGGGUAUGGUAGAGCCGAGUACCGUAGAGUUAGAUACGGCUAAUCCGGGUACAUUAGGGUUGUGUACGGUAAAGCCGGGUACAGUAAAGCCGUUGGGUACUUUGAAACUAGGUAUGAUAGAGCCGGGGGUACAGUAAAGGCAUAGGUAGGGUAGAUAAAAUCGUUAUCAAUGUUAAGAAAACUAAUUUUAAAAGUGUUAUUUUAGCCUUCCACAAAUCACAGGCCUCACUCGCGAGACGACGAAGAAUAUCAUUUAAAACUGGUCAAUUAUAUUAACAACCCAGCACAUCAAACAGAAUGGAAGGUAAAUUAACAUUAUAUCUAAUCGUGGCGUAUUUUACCUAAAACGUUUUUAUAAACUGGCAAAAAAGGACUGUAAUAACUACAAAUGACUAUAUUAAUCAUGACCCCCACUUCCAGGCAGAGUACAACAAGUUUGCAGCCCGAGGCAUGGAUGAAGAAGAAGAUACUCCAAACGAAAAGAACAAAGAGAAGGACAACGAAAUCUUCAACAUAUUCAAGAACAACAAAUACGCCGUGUUCGGUGACACAUUGUCGUAUCUGCCACGCCUUGUAGCACGUCGUGAUGUUAAGAUACCAAAGUCAUUUGACAUCAGGUUAAAGUGGCCACUAUGUUCUUCAGUUCAUCGGAUUCAGAAUCAAGGAUCAUGUGGGUCUUGUUGGGCUGCAUCGGCUACGUCUGCCAUCGCUGAUCGUAUAUGCAUACAGUCGAAUUAUACACAACAACCACAGAUAUCGAUCAAGGACUUGUUGAUGUGCUGCCCGCAUUGUGGAACGUAAGUUUUUAUCUUAUCAUAAUCACAUAUAAGUCAUAGCCUUGAGGAUUACCUUGAGAUUUUAGUUUAUCUGAAUGGAAAUGAACCACCUUAUUCUACCCUACCUUACCCUACCCUACUUUACCCUACCCUACCCUACCAUACCCUACCCUACUCUACCAUACCCCCUACCCUACCCUACCCUAUGUUACCUUACUUUACAUUACCUGUCUCUUAUCUUUUUAGCUGUGGCGGAGCUACAUGGCCACUCUUUGCCUUUACCUAUUGGAAGACGGAUGGCAUAGUAACCGGAGGUCAAUACGGUAGCUACGAAGGCUGUAAGCCAUACGAAAAGUCGGCUAGUUGUGGUAACCCAUGCCCCACCGACUACUACACUAACCAGAUCGAUGACAAGUUCUGUGAACGCAAAUGUCAACCUUUAUAUUCAAAGACAUACGAAGAGGACUUGCUACAUGCCCGCGAGGCUUAUUGGAUCAAGCCUAUACCUAAUGCUGAUGAGUACUUCCCUGACUACAUGAAACGAGUACGAGCUAUUGUGGGAGAUUGUAAGUACUGAGCUUGUAAACAAAGUUAUUACCAUAAAAUCGAUUUCUGCACCGUGCAGCGCCAUUUGUCUGUUUUGCACAGUGCGAAGGCGCGGUCCCGUCCGAUCUGGCAAGUUAAGCAACGGUGCGCUUGAUUAUAAAAAGUUCGAGGAACACUAGGUGGAAACAAAGUUUUUUACAGCUUCUAAAAUAUCUAGUGUUUGGUUAUUGUAAAUAUAUAACUAUUAGGUUGUUCAAAUAAUUCUGUGUCCCCUCUUUCAAAGCAACUUUUCUGGGCGUGUGGGCACUUAACUAUUUGAACAACCAAAUAGGUAAUAAAAUUAAAAAUCAAGAAAAAAUUGUGUUCAUAUGGUGAACAAAACGUAUUUUACCAUCAAUUUACUAAGCUAUUAUUUUAUAAUAUAACAUAUUGCAUUUACCAAAUGAAACGAAAUGUCACAAAUUUAUCGAAAAAUACUACAAGGUGCUACAAUGCAAGUUUUACCGGAAGUUCCAAAUUUAAAAAAAUUGGCGCUCAAGAGUUGUAGUACCCCAAAAGUUGUAAUAUAGUACCCAACCAACUUACUGCAUUAUAGUACCCUAAAAAAACAAAUUUUCUGACGAUUUUUUAUUUCAUUUUUUUAAAAGUUGCGUAAUCGGAAAUCCGAUUCAUUUUAUUUAUUGUUUCGUUUCCAUUGCGGUCAUGGACGGUCGGACACUUUCGGAUCUAGACCGCAUGAUGUCUCCAAAAUUCCCAUGGCAUUCCAGGAAGAACUAUCAAUACAGAGCAGGCGUGGGUACAAUGGUUUGGAUCAAAUUCUGAUCACUGCACCGUUGCUAACAAAUACGAAUUUUCUAGGUAAGUUAAAUUCGUUUGGACAUAUUACUACCUAGUGUUGUACCAAACUUUGUGGUAGGGUACUCAUCUACAUAGUGGGGUACUCGACUACUUAGUAUAGUACCAAACUCUGUGGUAGGGUACUCAUCUACUUAGUGGGGUACUCAUCUACAUAGUGGGGUACUCGACUACUUAGUAUAGUACCAAACUCUGUGGUAGGGUACUCAUCUACUUAGUAGGGUACUCAUCUACAUAGUUGGGUACUCAACUACUUACUAUAGUACUAUACUAAGUAGUUGAGUACCCCACUAAGUAGACACGAAGACAUUUUAGACCGCUUUGUCCACGAAAUAUACUUUAAAAUAAAUAAAUUCAAGUUGGGGUACUAUAAUAUUGCUGGGGGUAUUAUAAUAUCACGGGGUACUAUACUACCUGAGCCCCAAAAAAUUUAAGUGAAGGAAUAUUUUUUCCGUAUUUUAAAAAUAAUUUAAAAACUAAAAAUUUAUCAAAUUUUUUGUUUUUAUUGAUUAUAAACGAAGUGUCACAGUAUUAUUGGAAAAGUUAACAAUGUUUCACAAGUUUUAUCUGUUUUUUAAAAUUACUUGUAAGGUAAAAAUUGCGUAUUUUACCUAUAAAAAGCUGGCAGUAAAGUGGUAACUCCUGGUUUUUCUUUAAAAAAUGACAAAAUGUCAAAAAAAAUUAUCGGAAAGGUUAAAAAAAUAAUUUUUUUAAAUCUGAGCCUGAACCAAUUUGACGUAAUUUUAAAAAAUCAGUAAAAACUUGUUUUUUUAGUUGAUUUUUCAUUUUUUUCAUAAAGAAGUAAAGUAUCAUAUUUUUAUUGGAAAAUGUUGCCAAGUGUCACAAAUUGUAUUGAAUUAAAAAAUUUUUUUUAAUAUUUGGGCUUUUGGAAAGUAUUUUCCGUAUUUUACCAAAAAGAAAUAAAUGCUAUUGCUAUUGCUAUAUAUUUUUUAAACGAAAUGUCACAUUUAUUAUUGAGAAAUUGUUGCCAAGGGUCACAAAUUUUAUCGGGUUUUCUGAAAAUUAAAACAUAUUAUUGGAUAAAGUAUAGAAAGGCGUAUUUUACCAGAAAAUAUUGCAAAGAAUCGAUUUAUAUUUUUUUUGUAAGCGAAAUGUAACAUUUAUUAUUGGAAAACGUGCCAAGUGUCACAAAUUUUAUCGGUUAUUUUUUUAAAAUGCCAUUAUAAAUUAUACCUUUUUGCAUUUUUAAAAAAAUUUUUGAUUUAAAAUUUUAUGUAGCUUUAUAAUCGACAUCUAAGAUUAUAUUGUUUUAGUAGACUACGUGACCCUGAUCAAACGCGAAGUGUACCUAAAUGGUCCUGUCAUGAGUUGUUUCCCCGUAUACGACGAAUUCCAACAUUACAAGGGUGGAAUCUACAAUAAAACAUCACCAGAUGCGAAGAUGUUGUAUGGCCAUUGUGCCAAACUAAUAGGAUGGGGCGAAGAGAAUGGCAUCGAGUAUUGGACGUACGCCAACACAUGGGGUCGAGAUUGGGGAGAGAACGGUAAGAAAUGAAAUUUGACUGGUAAAAUACGAAUUUAUGUGUUUGUUUUAACAAUUUUUAAUAAGUGAAUAAUUUUUUAUUGAGUUAGGGGAGGAGUAGGCUAAAAAUAUGUUAUAGUAGAAGUAAGUGAGGUAUUAGAAAGUGUGAGAUUACUGAUGAUAGAGUAAUGUAGGACAACGAUAGAAGUAGUUAAGACUGCUACAGAGUGAUAAGUAGAUAAGGCUACUUCUGAAUCUAAGGUGGAUAACGCUACUAUAGAUAUAGAGGUCAAGGGGGGGGGAGUACAUAGAGUAGUAUACGGUAUGGUAAAGUAGGGUACGGUAGGGUAGGGUAGGGUAGGGUACGGUAGGGUAGGGUAGGGUAGAGUACGGUACGGUACGGUACGGUACGGUACGGUACGGUACGGUACGGUAGAGUAGGGUAGGGUAGGGUACGGUAGGGUAGGGUAGCAAAAUCUCUUCAAUUGAUGUCAUUUCCAAUGGCAUACUCCUUUGCAGGGUUCUUCCGGAUGCGGUUGGAGAAUUUACCGGAAGAAGUGGCGGCCGGAAACAUCUGA